GUGUGUGUUUCUAAAACGAAAUAUGGCCAAAAAUCAAUCGAUAUCCGAUAUAACUAAUAAAAAUGAUGAUAAUACAACAAUAGAUAAUGUUGGCUUUGAAGAUAAUUCAUCCGCUUCCGAUUUGACUGCAAUGACAAAUGAUUUUCGACCAUCAUUACCAUCAUCAAUCAAUGAUUGUAGUGGAAAUAUUAAUGCAGUACAAAAUUUUCCCAGUAUAAAUCAUGAUGAUGAUGAUGAUGAAAAAUUGUCACUGGAAUCGAAUGAAAAAUUUGAAGUUUAUAGAAUAAGACAUUUUCUUCUAUUGAUAUUCUGUACAUUAUCAUUAACAAAUGCUUUUCAUUGGAUUGAAUAUGCUAUAAUUGAAAAGGUUGUUUGUGAUUAUUAUCGGAUAUCAACUUUUUGGGUGAAUUGUACCUCAGUAAUCUAUAUGUUUAUCUAUAUUAUUGGUAUAACACCGUCAACAUUUGUACAGGAUCGUUAUGGUUUACGUGUUUGUCUACUAUUUGGAUCAUUUAUUAAUGCCCUUGGUUCAUGGGUCAAAUGUCUUUCCGUAUCACGAUCAAGAUUUUAUGUGGCUAUGAUUGGUCAAACAUUAGUGGCCAUUGCUCAAUUAUUCACACUCAAUAUACCACCAAUGCUUGCUGCUCAAUGGUUUCCAUUAAAUGAAGUUACUAGAGCCACGGCUUUUGGUGUUUUUGGUAAUCAAGUUGGUAUUGCACUUGGUUUUCUAAUACCACCAUUAUUGAUGCCUGAAUUGAAUUCUACAUCAAAUUACGAUAACAAUAAAACAACAAAUCUUUCACCUGAACAAAUUGUUGAUAUUGAACAUGGAUUCAAUUAUCUUGUAUGGGGUUUAUCGAUUAUAACCACAGUGAUAUUUUUGUUAAUAUUAAUUUUUUUCAAAAAUCGUCCCGAACAACCACCAAGUAAAGCUCAAGCAUUGAUUCGUUUUAUGGAACAAUCGGACACAAAACAAUCAUAUAUCCAAUCAAUUAUACAAUUAGCUAAAAAUAUAAAUUUUAUCCUACUGCUUAUUAAUUAUGGAUUAAUCACUGGUGUGUUUUAUGCACUAUCCACUGUUCUUAGUCAAAUGAUCACACGAACAAUGGGCCCAGAAUAUCUAGUCGAAGCUGGCUAUAUGGGAUUGACAAUAACUUUAUCUGGUAUUAUUGGUUCAAUUGUAUGUGGCUAUUUAUUGGGAUGGUCUGGUAAAUUCAGACUAGUCAACCUGUUGAUUUAUAUUUUUUCGCUAGCCGGAACAGCUGCAUUUUGUGUGGCCAUCGAAAUUCGUCAUAUAAAUCUACUGUUCAUAACCUGUGCAAUAUUAGGAUUUUUCAUGACCGGUUAUCUGCCCAUUGGAUUUGAAUUUGCCGCCGAGGUAAGCUAUCCACAACCUGAAAGUACAUCAGCUGGAUUAUUAAAUGCAUCGGCGCAGAUAUUUGGUAUCAUUUUCACUUAUGCAUCUACACCAAUUAUCGAUCAAUAUAAUUCUGUUUGGGCAAAUAUCGGCUAUCUAAUUGUAUUGGCCAUAGGUGUUUUUUUAUCAUUAUUCAUCAAGAAUGAUCUCCGCCGACAGAAUGCUCAUAUGCAUUCGGUUUGAAACCAAAAUUUGUGAUGAUGUUCUUUUUUGCACGAAUUACAAAAAUUAUUCUGCUUCUCUCACCCCUCCCCUCACACACACAAAAACCGAUUGUUUUUUAUUUAUUGCAUACAUUAUUAUUAUACAGAUUACAAGUUAUCGAUCAAAGAAAAAAAAUGAAGUUCACAAACAAGAGACAAUUUCCUCUUUUUUGACAAUUUCACCUCCUAACUCGAAAUUCUAACAUUUUAUUGUUAUUGCCUAUAUAUGCUGCGCAACAGUUUUUAUUGAUUGAUUUUGUUGAUUUAUUAAUAAAAUUUUUUUUUCUCUAUUAA